ACCAAGUGUACAUAAUUUUUGACAUUUUCCGUAUACUUGUCAUUGUCAGUAUCACUAGGCAUGCUAACGGAAGAGGUCAUAAAGUUUCACGAUCAUAGAAACAUUGUGGCCAGAGUUUGAUAGGAUCUUUGUUCUUUCAAAAACACAGAUAGUCUCUCAUUCCCUCUAAGGUUGGAACAUUUGCACGGCACUUGAAGUCAACUUCGGUUCACUCUCUCUAAAGGCAGCAAUCUAUAUAUAAGGCCAAGAACAAUGGAUAAUGCAGUGGAGGAGAGGCUUCUUGGAUCAGAAUCAGAAGUGCCAACUGAUCUUAAAAGAAGGAUUUGGGUUGAAUCAAAGCUCAUAUGGAGGAUAGCAUUUCCAUCCAUAUUGUCUAGAGUGACUUCAUUUGGAAUGAUAGUGGUUACACAAGUGUUUCUUGGACAUGUUUCUGAACUGGACCUUGCUGCAUAUGCACUUGUGCAGAGUGUUCUUUUACGAUUUGUAAAUGGGAUACUGUUGGGCAUGUCAAGUGCGACUGAGACUUUAUGUGGGCAAGCAUUUGGGGCAGGACAGUAUCAUAUGAUGGGUAUUUACUUGCAACGUUCAUGGAUCGUUGAUGCUGUUACAGCAACAAUCAUGGUACCAAUCUUCAUCUUCACAACUCCCUUAUUUAGGCUACUUGGUGAGGAUGAAGCAAUAGCAGUAGCAUCUGAAGAAAUCUCCUUAUGGUUCAUUCCUAUAUUCUAUUCCUUUGUUUUUUCCUUUACCAUCCAAAUGUACUUACAAGCACAACUUAAAAACUCGAUUAUUGGAUGGCUAUCUUCUUUCUCGUUUAUACUUCAUAUCCUUUUAUCUUGGAUAUUCGUGAGCAUACUUGACUUGGGGGUUGCUGGUGCCAUGGGUGCGUUCAACAUAGCUUGUUGGUUACCAAUCGGUGGAGAGUUUGUGUACAUUUUCGGAGGUUGGUGUCCAAAUACAUGGAAAGGAUUCUCUACUGCUGCCUUCAUCGAUCUAUGGCCUGUAGUAAAGCUGUCAAUUUCCUCUGGCGUGAUGCUUUGCUUAGAGCUUUGGUACAGUGCUAUCUUGGUUUUGUUGGCUGGAUAUAUGACAAAUGCAACUGUAAGCAUAUCAGCUUUCUCUAUCUGCCUUAAUAUCGUUGCAUGGGAAUUCAUGAUGUACCUUGGAUUCUUAGGUGCUGCUUGUGUGCGCGUAUCAAACGAGAUUGGCAAAGGAAAUGCUAAAGCUGCAAAAUUUUCCAUUAAAGUUAUUCUUUGUACUUCAAUAACUAUUGGAGUGAUUUUUUGGGCCUUGUUUUUAGCUUUUGGGAAUAAAAUUUCUUACUGGUUUACAAGUGAUGAAGAGGUUGCCGAAGCUGUGUCAAGUCUCUCUACUCUACUUGCUUUCUCAGUCUUACUAAACAGUGUUCAACCAGUACUUACAGGUGUGGCCGUGGGUGCAGGUUUACAAGGUAUUGUUGCAAUUGUUAACAUUUGCUGCUAUUAUGUGGUUGGCGUGCCAAUUGGAAUUCUGCUUGCUUAUGUGGCCGAUCUUGAAGUGCAGGGUCUAUGGAUUGGGUUGUUAUGUGGAGAGCUGAUGCAGACAAUUGUUCUUUUCUUCAUUAUAUGGAGAACAAACUGGGACAACGAGGUUAAAAAGGCAUCUGAACGUCUGAAUCGAUGGUAUUUGGAUUUGCCUGAGGAAACUAAUUAGAGUAAAGCGUUGAUGGCUUUUUUAAAGGCUUUUUAUCUUGUAAUUUGAUUUUGUUUUGACAAGGAUAUCUAUUCGUUUUGCCUUAAUGAAAAGUACAUUUUAAUAACAGUAGAGAAUUAAUCAAGGAGUAACAACUAACAUGAAUUGAACUACUUAA